AUGUUGUUGAUUACGCCCGUGGCGUUUGCGGCCGAGACGCAGGAAGCCACGGGGGUGGUGUUCGAAGAUGCGAACAAGAACCAGAAGUUUGACGAAGGGGAAAAGCCGCUGGCGGGGAUGCGGGUUUCCAACGGACGCGAGAUUACGAAGACCGAUGAACAGGGGCGUUACAAGCUGCCGGUGGAUGACGACACGAUUCUGUUUGUGGUGAAGCCGCGGGGUUGGAUCUCGCCGGUGAGCGAGGAUCAACUGCCGCAGUUCUAUUACAUCCAUAAGCCUGAGGGCUCGCCCAAGACUCACUUCCCUGGCGUGGCCCCGACGGGUCCGCUGCCGGACUCGGUGGAUUUCCCCUUGUAUAAGCAGGAAGAGCCCGAGUUGUUUCAGGCGAUCAUCUUUGGCGACACGCAGCCGCGGAACCAGCAGGAAGUCGAUUACAUUGCCCACGACGUGGUGGAAGAGCUGAUUGGCACGACGAAUGCCAAGAUGGGCAUCACGCUGGGGGACAUUACGUUCGACAACCUUGAGCUGUUCGGCCCACUGAAUCGCACAAUCGGGCUGAUCGGUAUCCCGUGGUUCAACGUGAUUGGUAACCACGAUGUCAACCGUGAUGCCGAAGAUGACGAGCACUCGGAUGAAACGUUCGAAAGUGUGUACGGCCCUUCGUACUACAGCUUCGAUUGGGGCCCUGUGCACUUCUUGGUGUUGGACGAUAUUCGUUGGGUGGUCGAGGGCGACAAGCGGCAUUACGAAGGUGGUCUCGGCGAGACGCAGAUGGAGUUCAUCCGCAACGACCUGGCCAUGAUUCCUGAAGAUCAACUCGUGGUGUUAUGCAUGCACAUCCCAUUGGUUGACGUGGAAGACCGACACGAUUUGUACCGGCUGAUCGAGAAGCGGCCGUUCUGCAUGUCGCUUUCGGCCCAUACUCACUAUCACGAGCACAAGCUGAUCUCCUCAGACGACGGAUGGUUGGGGGCUGAGCCGCAUCAUCACGUGAUUAAUGUGACGGUUUGCGGCAGUUGGUGGAGUGGACAUCCGGACGAGAAUGGAAUCCCUCACACCACCAUGCGGGAUGGAGCCCCCAACGGGUACUCGAUUAUCACGUUCGACGGACAUCAUUACUCGCUGGAGUUCAAGGCGGCCCGACGUCCGCGGGAUCAUCAGAUGAACAUCAUUGCUCCCGAAGUUGUUUCGGCCGAUGCUUUGGGUGAUACGUUCGUUUAUGCGAACGUGUUCAACGCCCUUCCCGACGCGAAGGUAGAAAUGCAGUUGGGUGAGGGAGGCAAGUGGACCACACUGGAACACUUCGUGAGUGAAGACCCCUUGUAUCUGGAAAUGGUUGCUGAAGAGAAGAAGCUCGAGAACAAGAGUUUUCGCGACUUGCCGGGUGCCCAUAAGACGGCGCAUUUAUGGCGUGGCCGACUGCCUUCGAACGCGAAGGCCGGAACGUAUCUGAUUCAGGUGCGGGCCAUCGAUACGCACGCCCAUCAUCACGCGGGCGGCGAUCACGAUCAUGCGGAAGAGGAUUCCGAUCACGAGCAUACGUUCGACUGGGGCUACGUGCUGGGGGGAGCGGCGAUCUUCGUCGUGUCGGCCGUUGUCAGCCUGGCGUUGGUGGUGAUCGUGGUCGUGGGUCUACCACGCGAUUAUUUUCUGGAUCGUCCCGGGCGAGGGUUGUGGGUCGACCGGCAUCCGGUGGUGCGCGUCGGGCUGCACGUGUUGAAGAAUCUGGCCGGGUUGUGUUUGAUCGUGGCUGGAAUCAUGCUUUCGCUGCCGGGCAUUCCGGGUCAGGGGCUGCUCACGGUUUUCGUGGGUAUUCUCCUGCUCGACUUUCCUGGCAAGCAGAAAUUCAUGCGGAAGCUGGUCAGCCGCCCUAAGGUUUUCGCCACGUUGAAUCAAAUCCGUGCGCGAUUUGGCAAACGCCCGCUGCGAUUGCACUAG